UGCCGAGCGAGCGAGAGGUCAACCGCACAGAGGCGCGUGUUUCAAAAAAGCAACACCACAAAACUACAACAGACGCAGUUCAGUUCAGUUAGUUGGUAGUUCGAAUCGCGCCGCGCGAACAAGGAUUUUUCAGUGGAGAUUUAGGGUUUUUUUAUUUUGUGAAUCACCCCUGUUGUGAUGUGAUCCUAUAGGAUACAGACGUGCAACAGUGUUAAAAUAUAAUGAUGGUGAAUUUAGUUCGAAAUUCAGCGAUUUUUCGGAUUUAUCACUAGGACUAAAGAUCUACAAGCUGGCUAGCAUGUUUUUAACCAGCGACCUGGACACGUUCUUGAGCAAGCAGGAGUGGGAACGGCGUCCAGACGAGUACGACAAGCAGUCGUCGCGCCGCGAUGGCGGCUUCCAGCUGGACGACUUCUUCGAGUCGGCGCACGCGCCCCACUCGGCCGCCUCCCUCGGCGGCGGGCAGCACGCCGCCGCCGCCGCCGGCAUGUCGUACGUGUCGAUGCGCAACCUGGCCAACGGGGGGCAGGACGACGACGUGUUCCUGCGGCCGCCCCUCUGGGAGGACAUCGCCAGCAGCAUUCAGAACAUCGACCCCGAGAACGCGAACAUGCUGGCGGUGGGCUCGCAGGUCAAGCUCGAGGUGGUCGACGAUCUGGUCAGCGUGGGCUGCGCCUCGACGCCCUCCCCCCUGCUCAGUCCCUUGGAAAUCAAGACCGAAAAGGUGAUACAACAGAACGGUCCCACGCUGCACUUAAUGGCGACACCUAGCAGCCAGCAACAGUACCAGCAGCAGCAUCCUGCCCAGCCCACCUCCCCUCAUUCGGGGCACUCGGUGGUGGCGGCGCAGCAGCCGCACUACCACCCCCAAGCGCAGCAACCCGCCAUGCAUCACAACUCACCCCACCACCCGCAGUACAAAUACAACAACAACGUGGCGGCGCCCACGCAGCCCGGCAACGCACUUUACCCCAUGACCAGGCUAAUCUACCCCCUAACUCCGCCCAGUUCGGAGCCCGGCUCCCCUGGCGGCGCAUUGCCGCGGCGGACGCCGCCCCCUCCGUAUCCCGCUCCCGGCUGCCCCCAGCAGACCCCGCCCACGGGGAGGAUCACCGCCUCCGGCAUGAAGUACAAUAGGCGAAACAACCCCGAGCUGGAAAAGAGGCGGAUACACCAUUGUGAUUUUAUAGGUUGUACAAAAGUUUAUACAAAAAGCUCACAUCUGAAGGCGCAUCAAAGAAUUCAUACAGGUGAGAAGCCUUAUCAGUGCCAGUGGCCGGAGUGCGAGUGGCGGUUCGCGCGUUCGGACGAGCUGACCCGCCAUUACCGGAAGCACACCGGAGCCAAGCCGUUCAAGUGCGGCGUGUGCGAGCGCUCGUUCGCGCGCAGCGAUCACUUGGCGCUGCACAUGAAGCGCCAUCUGCCCAAAACGUCCAAAUGAAGUCCAUUUUUUCGAAUAAGCGUUCGUCGAGCACAUUCCUCUUCGCGGAAGGCAGAAGCGAUCUCAGAUAAAUCGUUGUCGACUUGUAAAUUUUAUCGUACCUCAGUGAGAAAUCGACUAGGGUCUAAAAUGCCAUUUUAACGUUUUUUUUUGCGAGAAUAUUACCAGGAAACAGUCAGUUUAAAUCCUCAUUUGUAUGUAGUAUGUUUAAACCCCAGAAUUGCCUAUUCCUCCACAACCUUAACUUAGGUUUUAUGGUGAGUAAAAAUUUUCAAAAUUUACAGUUUUAAAAGAUUUAGUAAAUUUUGUAUAUUUUUUAAAGGUAUUUUUAAUGUUUUGGAAAU